GAUAGAGGUAGAGAGGGAGAGAACAGGAAGAGAGAGAGAGAGAGAGAAUAUGAGGGCAAGCCUCAGACCGUCUGUCUGCUUGCCUUUGAUUCGUUGCCUCUCCCCUUAAUUGGAUCAAGUACGGACUCGCCUGGCUCGCUCGCUUUGUGUUGCAGUGGGAGAGGGAGUGACAUACCGGGGAGGGAGGGAGAGAAAGACGGAGGAAAGGAGAGAAACUGAGAUAGAGAGAGGGAGAGAGAGAGACCUGAAAGACGAGGAGAGCAAAGUAAGAGAGAGCUUGGAACGGGACAGGCAAGAAGAAGAAGGCGAAUGAGAGAGAGAGAGAGAGAGAGGGAAAGAGAGGGAAAGAGAGAGAGAGAGAGAGAGAGAGAAAGAGAGAGAGGAGGGGUUAUGAGUAAAGAGAUAGUGGGAGUAUCCCUUCCCCAUUCCCAGCCCUAUCCUUCUUCCUUCCGUAUUUGUGUUGUGUGAGUGCGAGUGUGUGUGUGUGUGCGCGUGUGCACACGUGUGUGUACAUGCUCACAGCCUCACCUCCACUUCUGAGUGGGUCGCUCCCUUCGCUUCCUUCCCUGUCCGCUGUCGGCUGCCUGGUGCCAGCUCCGAGGCAAAGAAGAGGAGGAGGAGGAAGAGAAGAGAAGGAGGAAGAAGAAGAAGAAUAAAAAAGAAGAGGAAGAACAACUGUAGGAGGAGGAGGAGGAGAAAGAGAAAAAGAAGAAACACAGGCACCUGCUGCUGUUGCUGUUGUUGCUGCCGGUGGUUUUGAUCCAGCUCCAGCCUCAGCUCCAGCUUCGGGGCAGUUCCGGUCUCCGGUCUCCGGUCUCUGGUGCUCAGCUAGCCGUGUGUGACAGCAUGUCCCUUCUGUCCCAGCUGUCGCAGCCAGCGCCUCAGCACUCUCCGCCUGCCUCUGCCUCUGCCUCGGAUACCCACCACCACCACUACCACCAUCAACACCACCACCAUCACCACCACCACUACCACUACCACCAGUGCCAGCACUCACUGCAACACUGCAGCCAGUCAGCUGAGCUCAGGUGAGUUGACUGGUGAGGACCCACAACGCUUGCUUUGGGACCCUUCGCGUAUAAAUAAAGAAGAGAGGAGGAGGAGGAGGAGGAGGAGGAGGAGGAGGAGGGAUAAAGGAAGAAGGGAGGAGGACGUGGGAGGAUGUGGAAGAACAGGCUGGAAAUGUAAGAGAAAGCUGAGAGAACACGAGGAGGAAGAAGAAUUGCAAGCUUCUGUUUACUCACUUGGGACGCCCUGGCACCUCCAUCUGUCUGGUAUUGAUGCACUUAUUUUUGUAGACUUUUGUGAAUGAGUGAAUGGAUGAAUGAAUGCGUGAGAGACUUUGGCGUUUGUUGCUGUUUUUGGGGCUGUGGUUUUUCUGUGGACGCAGUAAAAGAAUGCCUUGAUCCAGACCCCACAAGUGGACUUAAAAAAAAAAUACAAGACAAGAAUAGAGGUGGGGAAAAAAAAGAAGAAAAACCUUGUUUCUUUCACCUCGUGAAUUUUAACGGGGGGUCCCGCUCACGCUGCAGACAACUGGUUAACAAGGUUUACCCCCCUCUGACUGACUGGCUGACUGACUGCCUUGAGUGAAGCACAGUGGGAAGAAGCGGCUUUGUUGUCCCGCCCCUGCUGCUGGUGUGUGAUCUGAUAAUGGAAACCCACUUUACAAGCUCCGUCACUGCCCACCACUGCAGGGCAGCACUCUGAGCUAUACAGCGCAGGCAUCCAGCCAGACUUCCCAGCAUUGUCUGCGCCCCGGCAACAGACAGGAAACAACCAAAAAAAAAAAGAGGAUUCACUGAAGGAGAGAGAGAGAGACGGACGGAAAGAGGGGAAGGACAAGAAGAAAAAUAAAAAGAGGUGUGAGGGGGCGACGGAGGAGAGAGUUUGAGGGGGGUGGGCAGGAGAAAGUAGAAUGACAGAAGGAGUGGAGGACUCCUGUGUCGGGCUGGUCGCGUCGCCCACCACCACCACCACCACCGAGGCCCCGAGCACCAUCCCAGCAGAAGCCCCCCAGGAGACGGAGGUGGAGGGGGAGGAGGAGGAGGAGGCAGCGGCAGGAGCCAAGGAGGACGAGAUCGGAGACGGAGAUGGUGAGCACGACGCGGACUCCGUGGAGGGGGAAGGGGGAGAGGAUGGCGAUGGCGACGAGCGAGGGGCCCUGGGUCUGGCCAUGCUGGCCGGUUCCUGCUGCAUCUGCCUAGAGGCGGAGCAGGUGCGCGGCUGCCUGCACUCGGAGAAGAUCUGCAUCCUGCCCAUCAUCGCCUGCCUGCUCAGCCUGGCCCUGUGCACGGCCGGCCUCAAGUGGGUCUUCGUGGACAAGAUCUUCGAGUACGAGCCACCCAAUACACACCUGGACCCCAAACGCAUCGGGCAAGACCCGAUCAUUAUCAGCGCCGACCCCACGCUGGGGCUUCCCUUGUCGUCGUCGGCGCGUCCACCUAAUAGCACGUCCUCGCCUCCCAACGCGAACUCUACCACGUCUGGGAGGCCCGAGGUGUUUGUGGAGGGCAGGUCGACUGAAGGACCCUUUGACCCCCCCUCACCGCGAGUGACCCCGUACAGCCCAACCUCGACAGUUGUGUUGCGCACCACACAAACUGUAAAACCAGACACUCCUACAACUCCCAGACUUGGAACGAAUAAACAUUCGACUUAUUAUCCUCACACUACAGUGGAAUCAAAUGAAAUUCCGAUUCCAAAACUACCACCUGUGCAGAGCACCACGCCCUCCGUGCGGACCAUAUCGAGUCACAUGACGCCAUGCAACGAGAGUGAGAAGGCGUACUGCGUGAACGGGGGCGAGUGUCUUACCCUGGAGGUGACCUACGGCAGCAGCAGGAAACUCUGCAGGUGCCUUAGAGAGUACACUGGGGAUCGCUGUCAGGAUCGAGUCGCAGUGCGGGUCAUAAGCCAAAAACAAGCUGAGGAGCUCUAUCAGAAACGUGUUUUGACAAUAACCGGAAUCUGCAUUGCACUCCUAGUGGUGGGCAUAAUGUGUGUGGUAGCCUACUGCAAAACAAAAAAACAAAGGCAAAAGCUCCAUGACAGGCUGAGGCAGAGCUUACGCGAGCGAAACGCCAUGGCCUCCAUGGCCAAUGGACCUCAAACACACCCACCACAUCCACACCAACACCCACCGCCCCCCGAAAAUAUCCAGCUUGUCAAUCAGUAUAUCUCAAAAUCCGCUGCACCUGCUAAACACGUCAUAGAGAAGGAGAGGGAAACCUCCUUCACCCUGAACCAGUACACGUCGCCAACACACCAGUCCGCCACAGUCACACACUCACCCAGCCACAGCUGGAUGAACAGUAAGCAUGAGCAGGUGGCGUCGGAGAUCCGCUCCGCCCCGAUGAAGUCAUCGUCGUCUAUGGAGGCGGGCAGCCGGCAUGCCACGCCCAGCCACAGGGGCCGGCUCAACGCCACGGGGGGCACGCGCGACCUGGCCGCCUACCUCAAGAGCACCAGGGAGACAGCACACGACUCCAGCCGAGACUCGCCCUAUAGCGAGAGGUACAUGUCGGCCAUGACGUCCCCUACCCACCUGUCCCAAAUGGAGCUGCUGUCCCCGAUGACGCCCGGCUCGCCCCCCUCCGAGAUGUCCGCCCCGCUGUCCAGCCUGGCCACCUCCAUCCCCUCGAUGGCGGUCAGCCCCAGCGUGGACGAGGACCGGCCCCUGCUCUUCCUCACGCCGCCCCGGCCCCGGGACAAGCAGAGGGUCGGCGGGGGAGCCUACAGCCACCACGGGGGAGCCUGCGCUGGAGGAACUGGUGGCGGAUCCGGCGGCGGCGGUAGUGGGCCGCACCAGUGCAGCAAGCGCAACUCUGCGCACUACAACCACGGCCAGGACCCCAGCCCCCCGCCCAGCCCCCUGCACAUCCUGGAGGAUGACGAGUACGAAAGCACGCAGGAGUACGAGGCCAACGUCGCCGCCGGAGCAUCCGUUGUGGCCGUCGGCAUGACAGCAGCGUCACCCUCGGGUGACUCCGCGGUGACGGCGGCGACCAGCCCCACGUCCCCCAGCGCCGCCUGCAAGAAGUUCCGCCAGGCCGCCGCCGCUGUUGCCGCGAGCAACAAAAGAACAAAGCCCGUGAACGGGGUGGUCGUGAUGAUGGGCGCCGACGAGGUGGCGGCCAGGCAGGCGGCCAGGCAGGCGGCCAGGCAGGCGGCCAUGCAGGCGGCGGCGGCCAUGCAAGCAACAGGAAGCGGCAGCGCCACAGCCGCAGCAGCAGAGGCAGCCGGCUCGGCAACGGCGCCCCCUAGCGAGAGCGAAAGCUCGCAGGAGAGCAGCAGCUCGGACGAGAGCGAGACGGAGGACGAGCGAGUGGCAGAGGCCACGCCUUUCCUCAGCCUACAGAACCCCUCGGCUGUGGCUGCUGUGGCUGUGGUGAUGGAGGGGGUGGUGGUGGUGGGCGGUGGCACGUCGUCGGUGGCGUCGGCCUCCCCGGCGGUGGUGUUGCGCUCCCUGGACGGCAGCAGGACUAACCCCGCCCUCCGCCUGUCCCCCCAGGAGGACCUGCAGGUGCGGUUAUCUAACGUGAUGACCAACCAAGACCCCAUCGCUGUAUAAAGAGAACAAGAAACAAACAAACGAACAAACAAUCUAACAAACAACAAAACACAAACAAAACGAAACAAACAAAACGAAACAAACCCCAAAACCAACGUAACACUACAGAUGCUUCAAUCAUACUUAUGGCUGAGUUAAGACAAAUGAAAUGAUACAAAAAAAAUGUACUGCUACAGAGUCACCAUUAAACGUUUAUUUUCUAUAAAUUAAAGUAUUUGAGGGAAAGAGCGGGGGGGAAACAAAUAACUAAGAACUUAAAAAAAAGACAAAAACUUUUAUUUUAGAGAUGUAGUUAAUAAAGUCUUUUAUAAAUUAAAUGUGUGCAGAUGAGUUUGUGGAAGGAAGUGCCAUACACUUUAAUGUAGCUGGAGUCACAGUAUUUCAAAGGCAAAAUAUACAUAUAUAUGAGUAUAAAAAUAUAUCAAUGGUGCCUUUAUUUUCAGUUAGAGGAAAUUUAGGGAACUGCUUUGACACUGAGCCAUAUAUUCCUCCAUUGAACCAUCUAAGGACUUUUGAUUUCGAAGGGAAAUAGAUCCACCAGCAUUAAGUGAUCAUACUCAUUUUUUAACACUAUUGCAGAGCUGGCCUAGGAACGUAAACCCAUGUUUGUUCACGUCUAAAUUUGCCCAUUUCAAAGAAAAUGUCAGUGAAGAUUGAAGAUCUGACUCUCGGCAUAGGGACUUAGGGAACCUUUAGUAAGCUUUUUAUAUGGGUCGAGGGACGAUUAGACUGUAUGAAUACUCAAUCUAAUGCAAAGCUAGAUGAUUAUGUGCCACUUCAAGGUAUAAUCAUUGAUUCCACCCCCUUCUGAGACACCAUUCAUGUUUGUCCGAAUUCAUAUUAUUCAUAGAUAUUAUUCAACUCUGAUAACAGCACCAUUUGGUAUAGAUUGUGUGAAGUCAUAGCAGUAGGACAUACAGUACCUGUAAAUCGCAGGCAUGUGAGAGGCUGCCGUUUGUCGGCCAUUUUGUAUCAUGGCUGCCAUCGGCCAUUUUGUGUCAUGGCCCCCAGCCAGUUUCCUGUGAGACUGAAUGAGUGAAUAUAUGGCUCACUGUGUCAGUGUUUUCAACACAUCCAUAGGUUCAACGGUAAUGCAUUGUGGGGGGAAAUAUAGCACCAUUUGAAAAAUAUUGACCACACUAUAGAUGGCAAGUGCUUUUCUGUGCAAUUGUUUGUUUAUUUUAUGAUUUUGUUAAGUUUUGUUUGUUUUGUUUGUUUGUUUUUCACGUCCUUCCAGACACACUUUUUUAUACCAAUGUUACAUUGUCCAAAGUGUUCCUUUUCGUUGUGUUUCAUAUAUAAAACAUUCACUUUCUUUAAAAGUUAUUGUUUAUACUGUACAAAAAAGAGUUAUUUUAGGACAUAUUUUAUUUUGUUACAUCCCCAAAUAUAGCCUACGUUUGGGACUUAAGUCAUGGCAAAUGACUGAUAUUACUGAAAUGCAUACAGUAUACAUUAUCUAUUUGUACAUGUACAGACAUCUGCAGGACGCUGUGCACAUCGAUCAACUGCAGAUAACUAGCAGCAACGUUUGACUCCUGCCACGAGUCAGCCUUAUUAGUAUAUGAUAUAAAGUCUCUCUAUUCUCUCUCUCUCUCUCUCUCUCUCUCUCUCUCUCUCUCUCUCUCUCU